GCGUGUCACAUUGUCGUUUGGGGGAUGCCAUUUGCGAUCAUUAGUUAUAAUGGAUUACAUUAACAUCCCAGCGUGUGCUUUGAAUAGGCAGAUCAGUACUGUGAUAGUUAGGUUCAAAAUGGAUGUGAUUGAUCAGAGUUGGCCGUCAGAAAGUUGUCCAGGGCUGGACUGUCCGAAGGUUUUGAAGUCGACAGUAUGUGAGAAUUGUUCUAGGACUAGACUGAAUAGUAGAUACAGUGACUGUGAUAGUGAUAAAGUGAGGAAGUGUCAAUCGUAUAAAUCGAGAACUGCCAAAAGUAGAUACGUCAACGUCUGCGCAGUCGCGUGUUUAUUGCUUCUUGUGGGGAGUUGGUCACCGCGGUCGUCGGCGGCGCCGUUCAAGAGUCGCAGUAUGGAACGACAGAAGCGUGCAUCUGAAGAAGAAAAUCCACUAUGGGGGAACCCUUGCGUAUACGGUUCAACCAUUACAAAAACAGAUUAUGAGCCGAAAUUCGCAGAGAAUUUGGCCCGUCAGGCAAAAUAUGUGCUCGAAGAGACGGCGAAAUAUAAAGAUGAAUUUGCCAAGCUGUAUAGUUAUGAAAACUUCGAUUUACUUUAUAAUCAAUGGAAUAACGAUAAUGAUGACUGGCUUCGGGAGUUCCCUUGGCAUCUUGACGACGUUAUGCCCAAAAACAAGAUCCUGUACAAGUCUCUAGAAGAGGAUGAUUUGGAUGAUUUGAUGAAACACAUAGACGAUGUGCUGCCGUAUAUGUACAAAAGUCUGAAGAUGAUUGUCGCCUCGUUUCAAAUGUUCGCAGAGAACCUCAUUAAUGACAAUAUCGUUCCGGACGCAAAUCUCGCUAAAAACAUCAAGGACACUAUACCCAAGCUGAGCAAAGUGCUAUGUCUCUUUUUUGAUGUAAUCGCAUCACGGGACCUUAAAAUGCUGCCGCUACUUGACAGUGAAAUCCCGCCAAUCAAUGAUUCCAAUCUGUUGAAAAAGGCGUACCCCAUUUAUCGGGACACCCUCAACUAUCUGGAGUACCUGAUCCUGGUUUUCCAAAAGAUGUCCAAGACUGACCUGACCCAAUCAGCUUAAAGAAAACAAAACUUUGGUUGUGUUACUUUUGUUAAGACCGCAAAUAUUUGAGGAACGAAUGUUUUUAAACAAUAAUGCUACAUACAAAAGUGAAUACAUAAAUUUGUAGAGUAAACACGCACUUAAUUACUUCAUUGAAUGUUAAUUAUGUUUUUCUGAAUGAUUUAUGAUCUGUGUUUUCUAUAACACUGGUGCCUAAAUUGUAUUAGAUAAUAUUUUAUGUGUUGCCAUAUUGAGCCAAUUGUUCAAUUAACUUAUUAUUCUCGUUGAUUUAUUAAAUAUUACUCUGUAAUUACAAUAAUAUGAUGUAACAAGUAAUACGACAAUAAGAAUCAAAACAAAUCUGAUGGCAUUCUGUUGUUCCUCAUUCAUUGUCAGCUUGUUGUAACAAGCUGUUAUAGCAUUUGGCUGUUUAAUUAACGUUAUACAAAAACGUCAUUGCCAUUACAUUGCCAUUUUGGUCUAGAACGGAAUAGUUCCUUUUAUUUUAUGUAAAUAGUGACGAAUUUAAAAACGGUAUUAAUUUAUUGUCAUUCUAUUAACAUUCUAAAUUUCCCGAUUAUCCUAGUCAAGGUCGUAACUUAUUUAUUUCUCGCUUAAUUCACCUAGUUUGAAUUUCUUUAUUAUUGAUAUUAUUUAAUUUAGAUUUUGGUAUUAGAGACCAUUCCACCAGAUAAUGAUUGAGAUUGUCGUUGUUAGUAAAUUGUUGAGUUUUCGUGUAUGCGUCAGUGUAUGAAUCAUGAUGGUUGUAAUUUUGUAUGAUAGAUCACUCAUGUGAGUAUCCCGUACGCUCGAUACGUUUCGGCGAACGCUUAAUUGUACAUUUUAUUCCUAACUUAAUUAGUAUUACUUGACAUUUUGUUAACUAUUUAUAUUACUGUUAAAUCCAAUGAAAUAGAAUAGCUUUAAUAGAGCUGUUAAUUAUUGUAAAAUACAGAGCCAGUGUAUUUAUUCCUUAAUCAUUAUUUGUAUAGUUCAAAUAAUACUUAUUUAUAA